UGAUCUGUCAAUAAUUAGUUCGUAACGUGCCUGUAAAAAAAGGGAAUCUGUCGAAGAAAAAGCAUAAUAAUAAAAUCUCAGAAAAGGAAUAGAAUAAAAAUGAAUACAAAGGUUCUUUUAAACUUAAAAUCUUCUAUAGUUAAUUUAUGUAUGAAAAGCUACUUACAUAAUAAUGUAGCUAGCGUUACAAAGAUACACAGAGAUCUGUACACAAGAAUGUAUCCUACUAAAGUUGUUUUACCUGACGGAGCUUCAAUUAACAUAAGAUACCAUGAACCCCGGAAAAUUAUAAAGCUUCCCAUAGAUUUAUCCAAAUUAUCUGAAGAGGAGAGGAAGUUAAGAUUAGAGAAGAGAAAGCCAAAGAAGAAAGUCAAAAUUGUUGAUGAUAUUGAUGAUGACUACAAUGCAAAGAAAUAUUUAAAAUAUAUCAAGAAAAAGUAAUUUAAGUAUGUGAUGUAAAGUUAGAGUAUUGUUAGAAAAUAGCAUAAAUUAAAAAUGUUUACAUGAAACA